AUGUCUUCGGUGUCGGAACUUGCGGAUGCCAGUAGUGCUAUUACCAACCCCAGCCACCCGUACGACUCCGACCCUCAGGCAAGCACACAUUCUCUAGCACCAUCAGUGGAAGCAUCCCCCGGCCAUUUUCGCCGCAAGACGUCCCCUAUAUGGCUCCAUUGCCGGAUAGAGGAAGGUAGAGCCACUCCGGGGGCUUGGGUCGAUCCUGACGGCACGAGAUGGUGGCACUGCCGGCCUUGCUUCGACAAGAAGAAGGACAAACGAUACAAAUACUCCGGCGGAUCGUCCACUAUCACCAAUCACUUGCGAAAAGAACACAACAUAGUGAUCUCUGACAAGCUCGAGGUCACUCGAGAAAUGGCGAAGAGCCGCCUUGGGAGUAUCGUUGCCUUUUUGGCUGGAGACGGUUCCAAUCCGACGAAGAAACGCAAAGUGACCACAGAAGAGGAUGCGCUGGACCAAGGCACCCUACGCGAGUUGUACUGCCGCUAUACAGUAGCUUGCAGCCUCCCGUUUUCUCAUGUCGAACAGGAACCUUUCCGCGACCUGAUCCGGUACAUCCUCCCGGCGGCUGACGACCUUCUCCCGAGAUCUGCCGACACGAUCAAGAACGACCUUCAGCGGGGUUACGACGUCAAAAAAGAGCCCGUCAAGCGAGCCUUGCAAAAUGCCGUUUCGUCGAUACACAUCGUUCCGACAAUUGGACGUCACCAAAUUGCCUGGGCGUGA